AUGGCAGCCAUACCUAUUAUCAUCAAGCACGGCGGCAAACGCUACGAAGUCGAGCUCGAUCCAUCCUCCACAGGCGAAACAUUGAAGUAUCAGCUAUUCUCCCUGACUGGCGUCGAACCGGACCGACAAAAGGUACUCGUCAAGGGCGGUCUCAAAGAUGAUACACCCUUGUCCUCCCUCAACGCGAAACCGGGUCAAACCUUUAUGAUGAUGGGCACGCCUUCCGGAGGCCAGGACGCCCUGAGUAAACCCAAGGAGACAAUGAAGUUUUUGGAGGAUAUGACAGAUGCCGAGGUGGCACAACAAGCAGGUGCUACUCCUGCCGGUCUUCAAAACCUAGGCAACACCUGCUACCUCAAUUCCACCCUCCAGACUCUUCGUGGUGUUCCUGAGCUGCAAGCAGAGCUUCUGAAGUACCAGCCAACUAGCAGCUCUGGUGGCUCAAACCUGGCAGGACUCAGCAGCUUUGGUCUAGGUGGUCUGGAUAGCUCUAGGGAUAUUGCUGCGUCGCUACGGGAUCUUUUCAAGCAGAUGUCGGAGACCCAGGAAGGGAUUCCACCCUUGAUGUUCCUCAAUGCUCUCCGAACGGCUUUCCCCCAGUUUGCCCAACGUGAUCGUAACGGUCAUGGUUAUGCGCAGCAAGAUGCCGAAGAGGCUUGGUCGCAGAUCCUCAAUCAACUGCGUGCCAAGUUGACCAUCAAUGACGGAACUGAAUCAGGAAGUCAGACUUCCUUUGUCGACAAAUAUCUGGCCGGUCAAUUCAAUUCAGUCACCGAGUGUGAUGAUCCUGCAGCUAAGGAGGUCGGUGAGGAGCCCAACAAGUCAUCUGAUGUUUUCUUCAAGCUGGAUUGCCAUAUUGGCAAGGACACCAAUCACCUCCAAGAUGGAAUUAUGGCCGGAUUGGAGGAACAGAUCGAAAAGCAGUCCCCGACACUUGACCGAAAUGCCAUUUACACCAAGCGAUCACGUAUCGCGCGCCUACCGCAAUACUUGACCGUUCAUUUCGUCCGAUUCUUCUGGAAACGCGAGACUCAGAAGAAGGCCAAGAUUAUGCGCAAAGUAACAUUCCCGGCCGAGCUUGAUGUUGUGGAAUUCUGUACCGAUGAGCUUCGAGAUCAGCUCGUCCCUGUUCGUGACAAGGUCCGAGAAAUCCGCAAGGAUGAAGUGGACAUCGAGCGCUCUCGCAAGCGCCAAAGAAUGGCUCUUGAUCGAGAGGAACAGCAGAGAAAGAACGAAGCUGAGGGCGCUCCAAGUGAAAGCUUGGAACCAAUGCAGAAGAAGAAGACCGCGGAGGAAACCAAGGACGCCAAGGGCAAGAAGAAGAACGACAAAGACGGUGACACUGAGAUGGAAGAGGAAUUUAAGACCGAUGCCCAAUACGAAGAAGAGAAGCAGGCUGCUAUCAAGGCUGCCAAGAAGGAGCUACACGAGCUCCUCAAGCAAAACGGCUCUUCGGAAAGCGGCACCAACCAGUCAGGCCUGUACGAACUCCGUGGUGUGAUUACCCACCAGGGUGCCAGCGCGGACAGUGGUCACUACACCGCGUACGUCAAACAGCAGCCCCGAAAGGCUGAUGAUAGCCAGACCGGUAGCAAGCGUCGCGAGGAGGAGAACACCAACAAGUGGUGGUGGUUCAACGAUGAGAAAGUCACCGAGGUAGAGGCUGAGAAGAUUGAGACUCUGGCCGGUGGUGGCGAGUCUCACUCGGCUUUGAUUCUUCUCUACCGUGCCAUCGAGCUGCCCACUUUGGAAUAA